AUGGGUGUCCUUCCUAUGGCUGUUUUCGGACUCGAGGUCCCUGCCGGCGGCAUGCCCGUCGCUGCCAGCGGUGAAAUUCCCGCUGCUCCCGAGUUUGACGAGGACACCAAGGGCAAGAAGCCCCGUGCCACCCUCAAGAUCAUCCGCGCUCCUCUCCAGAUGGAGGACGACGAGGACGGCUCUGACUUCGACCCCGAGGAGAUGGACAUGAUGCUCGCCUCUGACGAUGAGGAGGACGAGUCCGACGACGAUGCCGGCCCCAGCGACCCCGCCAAGUCCAAGAAGGCCCGCAAGGCGGCCGCCGCCAAGCAGCUCCUAGAGGAGCUCGAGAGCAUGGAUGUUGACUCGCCCAAGGUCAAGGGCAAGGGCAAGGUCCAGGCUGAUGAUGAUGAGGAGGAGGAGUCCGAUGAUGACGACGAGGAUGAUGAGGAGUUCGAGCCCGAGGAGUUCGUUCUCUGCACUCUCGACCCCGAGAACCAGACUCUUGACAUCACUGUCGGUGAUGACGAGCGCGUCUGGUUCAUGGUCACCGGUACCCACGACGUCUACCUUACCGGUAACUACGUCGAGCCCGAUCACACCCACGGCCCCGAGGAGGAUUACGACUCCGAGGAUGAGGAUGAGGACGAGUACGACCUCUCCCCCGAUGAGGAUGAGCUUUACGGCGACGAAGAUGACUCUGAGGACGAGCUCGACGACCUCGAGAACCCCCGCAUCACCGAGGUCGACGAGGAGGAGGCUCCCGCUCUUGUCCCUGCUAAGGCUGAGAAGAAGGCCGACAAGAAGGGCAAGAAGCGUGCUGCCGAGGACGAGGCCGAGACCCUUGACGACCUGAUCUCCAAGGCCAAGCCCGCCGAGAAGAAGAACGCAAAGAAGGUCAAGACCAACGAGGGCAAGGCCGUUCCUGCCGACGAGGCCGCUAAGAAGCUCGAGACUCCCGCUGCCGCCAAGUCAGACAAGAAGGGUGCUGAGAAGUCCAAGGCUGCCCCCGCUGUCAAGACCGUCAACGGCGUUACCAUCGACGACAAGAAGAUCGGCUCCGGCCCCGCCGCAAAGAAGGGUGACCGCAUCGGCAUGCGCUACAUCGGCAAGCUCCAGAACGGCAAGGUCUUCGACUCCAACAAGAAGGGCAAGCCUUUCAGCUUCAAGCUCGGUACCGGUGAGGUCAUCAAGGGCUGGGACAUUGGUAUUGCCGGCAUGCAGGUUGGUGGUGAGAGACGUGUCACCGUCCCUGCCCACCACGCCUACGGCUCGCAAUCCCUCCCCGGUAUCCCCAAGAACUCCACCUUGAUCUUCGACGUCAAGUGUGUCGAGAUCAAGUAA